AUGAGGAACUUUGACAUGAGCAACUUUGACAUGAGGAACUUUGACAUGAGCAACUUUGACAUGAGGAACUUUGACAUGAGCAACUUUUACAUGAGCAACUUUGACAGGAGGAACUUUGACAGGAGGAACUUUGACAGGAGGAACUUUGACAGGAGGAACUUUGACAUGAGCAACUUUGACAUGAGCAACUUUGACAUGAGCAACUUUGACAUGAGCAACUUCGACAUGAGGAACUUUGACAUGAGCAACUUUGCCAUGAAGAACUUUGACAGGAGGAACUUUGACAGGAGGAAAUUUGACAUGAGCAACUUUGACAUGAGCAACUUUGAUAUGAGCAACUUCGACAUGAGGAACUUUGACAUGAGCAACUUUGACAUGAGCAACUUUGACAUGAGCAACAUUGACAGGAGGAACUUUGACACAAGGAACUUUGACAGGAGGAACUUUGACUGUAGGAACUUUGACUGUAGGAACUUUGACUGUAGGAACUUUAAUAGGAGGAACGAGCAAUUUUAA